GCUGUGUUGGUAACUUUGACUUGGACCGAAUAAAGAUUUAAUAUUUUGCGUGGAUGUCAUAAUGACGAAUUACAGGAUAAUUCAGCACUAACUGAUACACUACUAGAAAAGAGCUGUAUGUAAAAACAAUCGACCAAAAAUUAUCUCCGACUGAUCAUCACAAUGUCAAGUUACACCAAGACCUCCCCUCCAGUAUCCCCUACAGGAUCACCUCCACUGUCGCCCAUUCCUGGUAACUAUGGUAAUGGUGUCACCAGCAGAGCCCAUCAGUCAGAUGCCAGAUUAACUGCGACUGCCAAAAGACAGAAAUAUUUCCGAAGACUGUUAAAAUUCAGACAAAUGGACUUUGAAUAUGCCUUCUGGCAAAUGAUAUAUCUUUUUGUUUCACCCCAGAAAGUAUACAGAAAUUUUCAGUAUAGAAAACAUACCAAAGACCAGUGGGCACGAGAUGAUCCUGCUUUCCUGGUGCUUUUAAGUUUUUGGCUGCUUGUCUCAUCUGUUGGAUUUGCUGUUGUCCUGAAGCUUAGUUUUCUCGGGUUCAUCAAGUUUAUUUUGUGGGUUGUUUUUGUUGACUGUAUUGGUGUUGGAAUCUGCAUUGCCACUUUGUUCUGGUUUAUAACAAACCGAUACAUGAUAACAUCACCACCACGAGGCCAGGAUGUCGAGUGGGGUUAUGCCUUUGAUGUUCACCUGAAUGCCUUUUUUCCUCUUCUCAUGAUUCUGCACCUCUUCCAGCUGUUCUUUCUGACACAUUUUAUUAAUCAGGACCACUUUCUGUCUCGCCUGUUUGGAAAUACGCUGUGGCUUAUAGCAAUAGGAUACUACAUUUAUAUUACCUUUCUGGGCUACAGUGCCCUUCCUUUUCUGAAGAACACGAGAACUCUUUUGUUCCCAAUGACCGGACUACUCUUAGUGUACGUGUUAUCACUUGCCCUUGCUUGGAACUUCAGCCACGCCCAGUGCAAAUUUUACCACUUCAGAGUGCGGACAGAUGGAGGUUAAAAUUCCAACCAGGCAUAUUUAUUUUCUUAAUGGAAUUGGCAAAUUUCAUUUUUGUUUAUACUAGUUUAAUACCAAACACUAAAAGUGAAGAAACCAUAAACCUGAUAGUAUGGUACUGUAAAUAAUAAAAUCACCAAAUUUAUGUUAAUGGUGGUUUUUAAUUACCUGUUGCAAAUGUUUAUGUUUUCAUAGAGAAUAAUGAAACUGUCAGAUAUUCUUGCUUGGCAAAACCAUCGGGAAGUGAUGUCACAGGAGAAAUACAUGACUUAUUUCUCCUGCUGUAAUAUUUUAGAAUUUUGGGGGUGUCGCUGUUCACAAAGUACCAUUUGUGCUGAACCUGAAAAUAUUAAAAAGAUCUUGUGUUAUACUGGAGUUUUAGCAUUCUAGACUGCAUCGUAAGAGAAAACUGUGAUGUAUUUAUUUAUUUUGAAUAUGGUGGUGAUGCUGAACAGUGUGGGUGCAAAACCAGUGAACAGGUGACCUCUGUGUAAACUCUUGAAAUGUAUUAAUGAUGAAGUUUGUGACAGAUAAAAGUAAUAUAGUUCAAUGCUGCUGUUUAGUAGCAAAUGACAUGAAAAACUUCAUCAUUUCUCCAAGAAUUCCAGGAUUUUAGUGCAUCCUAAAAAUCGUUCCUGUACUUUGCUGAAAGACUUAAAUGACUUCAACUUUAUAAAAGCCAGCAGAUUUUUUCAGGUGUCUGAAGUGAGUACAACUAGAAGGAGAAUCAUGUUGUGCAUCAAGAACAUGCUGAUAAAUAUGCCUUUUGUACAGAUGAUGGCUUUAGACCAAUAUUAGAUAAAUAAUGUCUUAAUUAAAAAAAAAAAAGUUUUUUUGCUUAACCUAACUAAAAAUCUUCUUAACCCUUAAUAGUUCCAUCUCGGAUAUAUUUCCAAUUUUGUACUGUUCUGAGUAUAUAUGUAUAUGUAUAUAUUUUAAAAUAUGUAAUUUUACGUGGCCACGAGUAUUCAUCAAGAUGGUUAUUGAUCUAUAGACAGCAAUCAGUGUGGUUAGAGGCCUUUUGUUGAUGCACAAAUAUUAAGUGCUCUUUGCCACAGAGAUGUAGUAUUUUGGUUAUACCCCAUUGAUGUGCAGAUUAAGGGCAGUGAGGAUACUGCUUUGCCGGAUCAAAAAAUCAGGUUACUUAGCUUAUCACACAUGUAUAUUUAAUGUAAACCCUUGAUACUGUAAUGGAUUUUGGGUGCUGCUUGACAAAUGUGUAAACAAAGCUGUUAAUGGAAUGUUUUACAAUAAUUGUUUAAACUCCUACAUAAUAAGUGUUUAUUUUGUCUUUUAGAGCUGGAUGGUAUUGAAAUUUCAGGUCCUGUAUAUAUAUCGGGGUUUUUUUAUAGUUAAUUUACCUCAGGAUCGGUACGGUAUUUGGUAUUGACACUGAUAUCGAGCGGUAUUUUCGGUAUACUCGGCUUUAAGUGCAUGCCUGAGUUAAGGCUCACCUGUGAAUUUCAUCUAGAUAAAAUUAAUUUCCAUACACAAGGCUCUCGUCUGAUUUAUACCCAGCCAAUUUUGUGUUUGUCAGGUAUAUUGUUAGUGUUUUACUAAAUAGCUGGAAACAUUUCGCAAACCGAAAUGUUGGUAUUUUGAAAUUGCUCGGCAUGGUAAAUCAAUAUUGACAUGAUACAAAUGCCAAAAAAUAAAUUUGAUACAGAUUUGAUCAGGAAAUCUGCAGUCAAAUUGAAGGUUCAGUUAGCCAAACUAAAUUUCAAACAAUUAAGGCUCUUUAAAUAAAUGUAUUUACUUAAUGUUCAAAUUAGAUUUUUGCAACUUUAAUUUGCAUUUGUUGAACAUCUUAAACCCUGAAUAUAUGUAUAUUUAGAAGAGGUUUUUGUGAAUAAUAUAACAUGACAAUUUAUUAUAUCAUUUGUCAGCAUGAAUAUAAAUUUCUCAUUAAUGUACCAAAAUGUUGAUGCCUGCCAAGAAAAAACAAUAGUUGUAUAAAGGCUGCAACAAAUUAUUUAUUUAUUACUUGAUGUUUUUAGUAUUACAUACAUAGUUUAUUGAUUUGUAACAUUAACAACUGCCCAGCACCCACAUAAUAUAUUUAAAUAUGUGUCCACUGCCACAGUGGAUAAUUGAUUUUAUUUUGUUUAUAAAUAAAUAACAAUGUGUGACGAUGGCUUAGUCAAUUAUAUGGCUAUAUAUUGCAUGAUAAAAUUAGUUUCACAUUUGCAAUUGAAAUAAAUCUCGAUAAUCAUAUCAUUUCCAAGAUGGAUUCAGAGUGACAAUUUUGAGGGGGGAACCAUCUGUUGUGGUUACCCAAUACCAUAUUUUUAGAUGCCAUUUAAAUAUCAAACCUGUAUUGAGCAAUCACUUGUGUAAGAGGUCACUUUAAUAUUCUCCUAAAUCAUCCGAUAUUGACAUGUCAUUAUGUCAGGUCAGUCUGGCAUCUGGCAUGUGUUUUUAACUUUAAGCAUCAAAGAAGUGGCAAGUAUUGAAACAGUUUUGAAACUGUUUCAGCAGAUCCUUUUUUUUCCCCCCUUUCUUUAAAAAAAGAAAGAAAUUUUAUUCAAAAGGAUCCAUGCAUAAAACAGAAAGCUCCAAAUUUGAUCACUAUGUUAUUUUUUCUCCAUGUUGUUUUCAUUACUCUUUAUUAUAAUUUUCUACUGAAAGCACCCCAUUAACAUUUCACUAAUCAUUUCUGUAGUGAACUACUAACAUGUUCAUCGGUAUCAUCAUUGUUUUUAUUGAUCUGACUACCUUUAUGUUAAGGGGAGACAUGUAGUCCAGUGGUAAAGUGCUAGCCGACAGUGGGCCCAUUGGGCUAUUUUUUGUUCCAACCAGUGCACCAUGAAUGGUAUAUCAAAGGAUGUGGUAUGUGCUAUCCUGUCUGUGGCAUGGUGUAUAUAAAAGAUCCCUUGCUAGUAAUGGAAAUACAAAAUAUAGCAAGUUUCCUCUGAAAGACUAUGCGUCAAAAUUAUUGGAUCUUUGACAUCUAAUAAUCGAUAAUUUAUAAAUCAAUGUGCUUUAGUGGUGUUGUUAAGCAAAACAAACUCAACUUUUAACCUUAAUGUUAAAGAUGUAUACUUUCUAUUUGAUGCAAAAAAAAAAAAAAAAAAAAUUGGUAGGGGAGGUGGAGGGUCUUUUUUCAUGGCCAGUUCUGAUCGGCAGAACAUUUAUCCACAUUAUGUAUUAAACUUCCAAAGUUUAUAGGUACACAUCUAUUUUAUAACAAAAUAUCAGUUAUUACAUGAAAUUAUUUUGACAAAUUUAAAUAUAACUUGCCAGUUGUUUUUAAAAUUUGCAAUUUGCCAAUUUGGUGAGUGCCAGAGCUAGCCAGGCUUUAGUAAUGGGUUUCUAUUUUUAACCCAUUGGGUAUCUCUAAUUAUUAUUUUUUGUUGUUCGUUUGUUUGUUUGUUUGUUUGUUUGUUAUGUUUUUAACAGUCCAAACAGAUAAAAUUGUAUAGUCUGUAUUAUACUGGAUUGGGAUCAACAAACUCCCUAAAGGAAAAAAAAAAAUCAUUGUAAAGAGUAUUGUAGAUAUCAGCAACAUUUUAUACAAUUUGAUAUACCAGUCUUUGAACGAAAAAUAGUUAAUACAAGCAGCCAAUGGCAGUGCCCCAGAACGUUUAAAAGUACAAAAAUGAUUUCCCAUUCAUUCUAAUCUCUCAUUGCUUUUCACAACCUUUCCCUAGAAGUAUGUUCCAACAUGAAUAUCCACAGUUAAAGUGACAGACCCUAGUUUUAAAACACCACGAUGUAUGUUUCACUAUCAAAGCCAUUUUUGAUCAUUUAUAUUAGAAGUACUGUCAUUUUAUUAUUUAGAAUAUUAAUUUUCAUACACCAGAAGUGGUUCUGGGCAUCCAGGUUUUGGUAAUACCCCCAAAUGCAUUUUUCAUAAUUCUAAAAACACACGUUCGUCUCAGAAAUAAUGGUUAUCGAGACAAGCUCUAGGUAUUUUUAGAUGGUAUUUCCCUAUUUAAAUAUCAUAGACUUUAGCUUCACUUUGUUAUAAUAUUAUCCAAGUAUGUUGCAGGUUUGUACAUUAACUAAAUUUAUUAUCCAUUUUUAAGGGGUUGAAAUUAGGGUCUGCACCUUUAAUAACAAGUCCUGUUGGUAAAUUGUUCUCUUAUUUUACAUGUUGGUGUUCCGUGAUUAUUUUAUUAUUCUAUACAAGUGUUUCGUAACCUGUUUGUCAGGUAGCACACUAAACUGUUAACUUAAAAACUGUUAACUGUUAACUAUCCGUGGUAUAGUUAAAUAUUCAUAAUUAUAAAUAAUAAUUAUAAUUUACUCUUAUUUCGUUUUAUUAUUAUUUUUAAAAAUUAUUUUUGUAAAGUUUAAUAUCAGCUUCACACUACACUGGUUCACAAAUACUUUGGGAACAUGUGGGUUUUUAUAAUUAUGUUUUAUAACCACUUAACAAUCUAUAUUCAUGUAUUACUCUGUUUAUUAAUAUUAAAUGUUAAUACUAAAUAGUUGCAAAAUUACGUUUGUAUCAAUAUGUUUGUUGUAUUGUAAAAUGUACAUAGUUUGGGCAAUGCUAUAAAAACAGAGAGAGAGAGGGAAAUCUCUUAAUUUUGUAACGCAUACAUGUAUGUUAUUUUCACAGUUUAUGUGUAUAUAUAUUAAAGACAAAUGAACCAAAGGGACAA